AUGAAUAAUGAUAACUACGCCAAUGCGAAUGGAGAGCUCGAAAAUCAACAUUACGAGAUACCUCAGCGUCUUCUUCGACACACUCCAAGGCCUCGGGAGGUGGUGUUCAUGUUGACAAGAACCCAGCUGGCAAUUAUGUACAUUACCUGGGCUGUCGCGCGACGCCAUGUGCAUCAACGCGUCUAUCAACCGGAGUUGCCGUUCCCUCCCUACCCCCCGCAUCCAGUCUGGUCAGACGAGCGAGAGAGUGCCGCAUGUUCGAAAUGGAGAUGGCUGAACUUGAGUAUAUACUGGGACUUGGAGGUGCUGCCCGUUAGUGCCUAUAAAUACCUUCACGAAGUUUUUUCAGCGGACAGGCGUGGCGUUGAUAAAUUCAAGUCAGGCUUAUUCAGCCCAUUAGCAGAGACAGUCGCCUUGUGCCAAGGGUUCGCUGUAGAUUACAGUGUGGUGACACGAGAUGAUGCCCAUUGA